AUGUGCAGAGCAGAGAUUUGUUCAAUUUGUCACCGUAAAUCAUGGACUGGUUGUGGAUCUCACAUUGCUAGUGUAAUGGAUAACACACCAAAGGAGAAUUGGUGUACAUGUGAGGGAGUUGAUGAUGAAUCUGGCACUUAUCCUCCAAAGGCAGGUACAGGAUUCGCUAGGAAGAGUUCCUCGUGA